AUGGCCAGUGCCAGGCUGUCGCCAACGGCGAAUCUUCUUCGGAAGUCUCGUUUAUUUGCCCUCCCACAGGCUUUAACCCCCACACAGGAGGCUGCUUCGUCCAAAGCUGUUUUCGAAUCCUCAACAGCGACACUUCCUCACCCCAUUCGAGCCGCCAUUGUCACGCCACAGUCGUCUUUGGUCAGAGGUGAUUGGGGUCUGAAGCGAGCUCUUCCUGCCAAAUCAACCUCUGAGAAAUCACAAAGGCCCGUUGUCAGAGUCAAUGCUCUUGAUACCUACGAACAUGUCACCGACUUCGAGUCCGCCGCCGAUCACACCAUGACCCUUGAGAAGUUCCAGGAGCUCAAUAUGCCAAUGUCUCUUCCGUCCAAGGUGAACUAUGCGACAAGCAUUGUUCCCAGACACCAAAGUCCAUUCGAGACACACCUCGACAACAGCGAAACUAGCAAAGGCCUGGGAGAACCCGGUGCCAAACAAUACAGACAUUCUGGCCCUUGGCUCGCUGGGCAAACCCCGGCGGAGUUCACGGCCUAUCUGAACCAAGUGCGCCGUCAGAAGCCGGAAUUGCUGAAGAAGCUUCGCGGCAUCCUUGUUGAUCAACGCUUUGCAGAAGCUCGGAAGCAGGCACAGGAUUAUGGAAAGGAUAUUGAUGCCGUCAAGCCCCCAACCAUCUCUGAUGCGGAGUUCACAAGAUACAUCAAGUCCCUCCGUGAAAAUCCAUUUGCCCUUGGUCCCACUGUCUUUCAAUUGCUGGACCUCCCCUCCUCUCCCGCUGUACCCAGCGAGCGGAUUGGACGCAAAUAUUAUCAAUCUCCAGCAACUAAGCUGGCUUCGGCUGAAUAUGCCAUCUCCGGCCCUCCUAAAACACACCCCUCUGUCGGACUCUCAUACACUCGAUCGCACGCUUUGAUACGUAAUCACCCAUCCUACGGUCCCCAGGCAUUCCAGCGGCCCGUGGAAGCCCGUAUUCUGCGCCCCAAGGGCCGCUUCAGAGGCCGCCCAUCAAAGGCCAUUGCUGGUAUUGGUGGUAUUGCCGUUGAGGAUUUGAAUGCGUUGGCAUUUGUUGACCAGGGUACACCUCCUGGCCUAACCUUCUUCGAUGCAAGCAUCCCUGGCGGUGCCAAAUAUCAUGUCACUCCUAUCCGAGCCUCUGUCGACUCUAACGGCAGAAUUGGCCUCUCCUCUUACCGUGCCAGCGCCAGCUCCAAGGCACCUUACGGUAUUGAAGACUACAAGAAGCCACAAACUACAAACAUCUCGGAUGCUGCUCAACGUGAUGCUACUAUGGUUCCUCGCUUGGAUAGGCUGCAAAAUCGGCCACAUUUCAAGCGCCCAGAGAAUUACGCGGGAAGAAAGGCCAUGGCGGGCACAGAAGACAUUGCCCGCAGCCUCAUGGAUAACCUGAACUCGAGACAAUAA